CUUGUCAUUUUGGGUCCUACAAUCGAACGGCUGAGAUGCAUUGAUCAUGAUCAACCACGCUAUUUAGAGAUGGAAAUGUUAGAUAGCGAGGGUUACUUUUGAUUUAGCACACACAAACUCACACUCUCUCUCUGGUUGUGAAAAGGGGAGUUUCUUAUUCCUUCUAGACGCUUCCACUGAUCGGCUAUUCUGUGAUGGCGGAGCACCACGAGCACGAGGAGGCCAAGGGUGAAUCCUUGUUGGACAAGAUUUCCGGGAAGAUCCACGACCAUGAUUCCUCGUCUUCUUCCGAUUCCGACAACGAGAAAACCGGGCCCUCUGAGUCCCUGAAGUCAAAGGUUUUCAGGCUUUUCGGAAGGGAAAAACCCAUUCACCAUGUUCUUGGUGGCGGAAAACCGGCUGAUGUUUUUCUGUGGAGAAAUAAGAAGAUAUCAGCAUCGACACUCGGAGUUGCUACAGCCAUAUGGAUUCUGUUUGAAUUGCUUGAAUAUCACCUCCUCACUUUGGUUUGCCACUUCGUAAUACUUGCCCUCGCGGGUUUGUUCUUGUGGUCCAAUGCAUCCACUUUCAUCAACAAGAGGCCGCCAAAGAUCCCACAAGUGCACAUUCCAGAGGAGCCUAUUUUACAAUUUGCCUCUGCUCUUAGAAUUGAGAUUAAUCGGGCAUUUUCAGUGUUAAGGGAUAUUGCAUCCGGAAGGGAUCUCAAGAAGUUCUUAUCAGUGAUUGCUGGAUUAUGGGUUUUCUCUAUUCUGGGCAGUUGGGCGAACUUCUUGACGUUGUUCUACAUAGCUUUUGUUUUGCUUCAUACUGUGCCUGUGCUGUAUGAGAAAUACGAAGAUCAAGUGGACUCUUUUGGUGAGAAGGCGUUUGCCGAGAUUAAGAAGCAAUAUGCAGUAUUCGAUGCGAAGGUUUUGAGCAAGAUACCCAAAGGACCUUUGAAAGAUAAAAAGAAAGAUUGAAAUGGUACUAGUGUCGGACAAAUAUGUUGUAGUGGGGUUUCAUCAAAUGUUCUGUUAAAUUUAGAUUCAGCAUCAGCCAAAACCCUAUAAUCAUGUCAUAUUUUAUUUUUUUAGGUACCUUUACUUACUAGACAUUGUGGAGGAAAAUUAUCUUAUGUAUUUUUCUACUGGUUUACUUACAUGGACCCUUCAAGAAAUCCCAUAUGCUUAUGGAUGACUUGUUAUUGUGCUUGUAUUUACAUCAUGAAUACAUAUACUCUGCAUUUGAAUGCUUUCGUUUAA